AUGGCAAAACAAAGAGUUCUCAUCAGCGGUGCUGGAGUCGCCGGUCCAACUGCAGGAUACUGGCUCACCCAAGCCGGCUUCGAGGUGACGAUUGUCGAGAGAUCACCAAACUUGCGGUCAUCCGGCCAAAAUAUCGACAUUCGAGGUCAUGGUCUCACAGUGAUCGAACGCAUGGGCCUGGAACCCAAAGUUAGAAGCGUCAAAACCAACGAAAAAGGACUUCGCUUUGUCGAUGCACAGAACAACUGCAGGGCUGAAUUCCCCGUCGCUGAUGGGACCGGCUUCACGGGGGAGAUUGAGAUUAUGCGAGGCGAGUUGGCGAUUAUUCUGUACGAAGCGACCAAGGAUCAGGUGCUCUAUAUCUUUGGGCAAUGGGGAGCUUAUUUCGCUGUACCUUCGCAACCGACCGACUCGGGCUGGGCACGUUGGUACAAUGCGCCCAGCAGAAGGAUGGCACUGGUGAGACCUGAUCACAAUAAUGUCACUAGAGCCUCCCUAUGGAUCAUGGGCUCGGGCCAAAAACUUCAAGACGCUCACGGAUCCGACGUUUACAGGCAAAAGGCUCUGGUUCAAGAGGUAUUUGCGGACGCCGGUUGGGAGACCGAGAGGCUACUUCGAGGCAUGCAGGAAGCUGAUGAUUUCUAUCUCCAGCACAUAGCUCAGAUCAAGAUGGAUCGAUGGUCGAGAGGCCGUGUCGUGCUGGUUGGAGACGGUGCGUUCUGUCCGACACCCAUCUCAGGGAUGGGCACCACGGUCGCCAUCGUGGGAGCUUAUGUACUUGCCGGAGAGCUCAUUAGCCACAGCGAUGAUCACUUGAGGGCAUUUGACGAGUACGAAAGUAAAAUGCGGCCCUUUGUCGCAAAGGCACAAAAGCUGACUCCUGGAACACCUUCUGUUGCGAACCCCCAAACUGCAUUGGGCAUCAAAAUCAUGCAUCUGGUGCUUGGGAUGAUCGCCUGGACCCGUCUCGACAGGCUAGUGGGAGGAAUCGGUCUAUUUUCACCCCCAGCCACAGCGAUGGACCUACCAGUUUACGACUUAACGGGGCUUCGUCAUUGCCCGGAAUCAAGCAAUUAG